AUGUCUUUGACCUUCAAACUCCUCUCGCUGGUCAUCCGAACGGCUGCCAAACCCAUCGGAAACUACAUCAAAAGGCAAGCCAAAGAGCACGAUGGCUUCCGUCGCUUCGCCGUCGCCCAGGCACAGCGUGUCCAUCGAAUCGACAUGCGCAUGCGGUUAGGCAUCCUCCACGACCCCGAAGCCCAGCAACGAAUGCACGAUCGGCAGAAGAAGGCUGCGGACGAGAAGAAGCGACAGCAGGAAACACCGACAGUGAGAACGGAGGAAGAGCAGAAGAAGUACGAUGAGCAGAAAGCAAAGGACGAGGCGGACGGAAAGAAAGAGGAAGAGAAGCCGCAGAAAGUCAAGAUCCGACCACUCUCCGAGGCCAGAGCAAUAGAAUUGGGCGCCAAUUUCUUCUCAGAAGCAUUCAUUUUUGCUGUUGCGGUGGGGAUACUUCUCGCAGAGACGUGGCGCAGCCGCAAGAAGGAGUCGUCACAACGAAACGAUGUUGCGGAGCGGUUGGAACAGCUGGAGACUGAAGUGGAGAGUUUGAGAGCGAAGCUGGAUCCUGACUUGGAGACAUUGCACGACUUGAGUGAGAGAAUCAAGGCGGCGAAGAAGGCCAGGCAGAGCGCAAGCUGGUACAAUCCAUUGACGUGGGGGAGGCGGGACGCGGAAGAUACGGCCAUCAUGGAGGAGGAACAUGAUAUUGGCAAGCAGACGAAGGACGAAGAAGCCAUCGUGCCGAUAAGGAAGGCCAAAGCGAUUGCGGAGCAGGGUGCCGGGAGCGAGAAGGAAAAGAAAGCAAAAGAAGCGAUGGUAGAGCAGGCUCGAGAGGCGGAGAAGGGGUCUCAGGAGAAGACCAAAGGAGACGCGAAACCUCCUACUCGGGUCGACUCGGUGACGGCGUCGACGAAGGAAAGAUGA